GACCGGCUCGCCGCACCAAGGGUCCAAGCCAAGCAAGACCGAGCCAUGUCCGCCUAGAUCGGGCCGCCCGACGAACCGCGCUAUUGCCGGACCCCGUCGCGCAGUCUUACUCGAGCCGCACCAAGCCACCAGCACCGAGCCAUGUCGGCCUUGGCACUGGGCGCCGCCGGCACCUGGCCGGAGGCCGUGGUCCAGUGCCUCCUCUUCCUCCUCGCCGCGGGCAUGCUCGUCGCGCUCCACUCCCUCCCCCGCCGCGCCGCCCUCCGCCUGCGCCGCUCCGGCGGCGGCGGCUCCUCCGCGGCCCAGUCGCGGCGGCACUUCGCGCAGGGCGCGCAGCUCCUCGCCCGCGCGCGCGCCGCGGCACCCAAGCCCCCCGGCCCGCUCGCCCGCGCGGCCGUCGCCGAGGCCGACCUCGCCAUCGCCCUCGACCCCCGCGACGCCGCGCCGCUCAUCCUCAAGGCCCUCGCCCUCGACCUCCAGGGCCACCGCCUCCCGGCGCUGCGCGCCCUCGACGCCGCCCUCGCCCCGCUGCUCGCCCGCUCGCUCGAGCCGCGCGAGCGAGGGGACGCCCUCGCCAAGCGCGCCGAGAUCGCGCUCGCGCUGCACCGCCGCCGGCGGCUCGACCAGGCCGCCGCGGAUCUCGCGGAGGCCGUCCGCCUCAGUCCUGAGAACGCCCGCGCCCACGCGAUGCUCGGCGAGUGCUACGAGAAGAAGGGCCUGACCGCCCAGGCCCGGGAUGCCUUCAAGACCGCCGCAUCUAUCGAUCCAAAGCUCUCCGCUGCUCUCGACGGCCUCCGUCGGAUAGACGAGGGCGACGAAGGCAAUGGAAGUGACUGAUGGUUGGAUGUUCCUUUUAUACGUUGUCUCUGUUCUUUUCAAUUUUGGUUUUGGAUAAUCUGGCACUCGACAACAGAUGAUUCAUGGCGAUCAACAGCCUUUUGCAUUACUGGUCUAUCCGUACGUCCUGUUUAGUAAAAGAGAACACCCAUCAUACAUUGAGGAAGUCUAAUUAUAUGGAUAAUAUAGAUACUUGCAUUUUUGCCUGCCCAUCAAUCAACCACCAGAAAGAUUGUAUAUGUCCAGGUCCUGAUGAACAUUGUGGGUUUUCGUCUUAUAAGGAUUAUCGAGGUUGUUUAUUUGAA